CACAAAAAAGAAUCGUUUGCCUUGAGCAGACACACCCCAAAAUGGCCGUUCCAUUAAUUGUGCUAGUCCUUUUAUACCAGGAAUCGGCGGCAUUCCACCCUAUUCAACCUCGAAUCGCGGUAGACCACAUGGUGUUGUCUGCCGCCAAAGGGUUUGGUGGCAAAGACUCCAGCAAAGCAAAGAAGGUAGACAAAAGAGAAAAGAAGUCAAUGCGCUUGAUUGAUUCGUUGCAAGAUAAGGAUCCAAAUCGCGAACGAUCCAAAAAUAAGCCGUACGUCAAGAGGGAACAUGACGAUUUAAUCGUGUCGUUGGCAUCCGUGGCUGCGAACACAGCUAUUGGACGCGUGGUGGCGGAAUCAGCUGCGACCGGCACAGUAGACGCCGACCCAUUUUGGGAGCUUAUGCCGUCGUUAAUCAGUUCAAGAUUUCCCAUAAUUUCGGACGAGAAUCUUGAGCGGGUAGCUGGAUUUGUGCGACACACGUUGAAUAAGAACUUGCCUUUGGAAGACGAGAUUAUUCAGAACGAGUGGCGUCCUGAGGACGAAAUACACGCAUACAUGCCGGGACUCGGAGCUACAAAACCAUUUCAUGAUCCAAACUCUCUCGAAUUGUGCCGUUUGAUGAGUGAAAACUACGAAACUAUCCGAAAUGAGUAUGAUGCUUUGGUAUUGGAUAUUGAGAACGGUGGCAAAGAUCGUUUUCAGUCGGUUACCAGCAUGAACUACGACAGCGGCUGGAAAACUCUCGUCCUCUUCUACAACGGUCAUCGCAUUCCAAACUUUCCUUACCACCUUUGUCCAACCACCACUCGAAUAUUGGAAACCGUCCCAUUAGCUGGGCGAAUUGCUGGCUUCAAUCGACAGCAGCCAAGAUCGGGCAUUCCAAAGCACACGGACGGGAAUAAUAUGUGGCUGACAUGUCAAAUGGGUGUUCAUGUUCCAGAAGAUCAAGCAGCCUACAUUCGGGUCGGUCCCGAAACUCGACGUUGGCAAGCUGGUGAGUGUUUGCUCUACGACACGACGUAUGAACACGAAACCAUGAACGAACACGCCUCGCAAGAACGAGUCGUUCUGCAUGUGGACUUUUUCAAUACGUUGUCCAUGACUCCAAAUGAAAUUGAAGUAAUGCGUUACAUUUAUAGUCUUCGUGAAGAAUUUAUGAGAGCUGAGGGGGUGGCCAAGGUUGGUGCUCAGAUUCUUUAG